AUGAAUUCAAGGCUUCUUAAGAUAUUCGAAACUGGAUUCCUCGGACUCAUUGGAUUCACUCUGAUUGCCUAACAAUAGAAACGAUUUUAAUGUGCUGCACCCUAUUUCUCUUUUAUUUCACACUCAGAAUUAUAAUAAUUUCAUCUUAGAUUUCCUAGUCUCUAUGUGUUGGAUAAAUUCUAAGUUGAACACUUAUUGAGUGUGAUUCGUAAUCAAACUACUCAUACCAAAGACUUCAGAUUGUAUUCUGACAGAUUGAUCAGAUUGCUUAUGGAAAAAGCAAUAUCUGAACACAGUAAGAAACUGUCCCCUCAAGAAGGAUCGCAAGCAUAAACUCCAGCCCAAGAGAUUUAAUUUGAAAACAAAUAAUUUUGUGUUGUUGUGAUGGUAAGAUCAGGAAACGCCUUCUUAGGUGAGGCUCUCAAGGUGCUUCCAGGAGCUUCAGUUGGAUUUAUUUUAGUUUAAGAGCAUCCAUAAACUAAAGAUCCUUAGUUAAUUUAUUGUAAAUUUCCUGAAGAUAUAGAUCAAAAAUAAGUAAUCCUCACAGAUGCUAUGAUUACUACUGGCGGAAGAAUCAGUACAGCAAUAAAAGCACUUCAGUCUAAUGGAGUCAAUCAAGAAAACAUCGCUGCUGUGAACAUAGUUUCAUGCGAAAAAGGACUCUCAAAAGUCUUGCAUUAAUUCCCUAAAGUCAAAGUAAUUACAGCUGGAGUUGAUUACGCACUUAAUACUAUUCAAGAUCAUCGUUUCCCAGGAGUUGGAGACUUUGGAGAUAGAUAUUUUGGAACUGUUGAUCAAUGACAAAUUAUAUGAUAUAUAAUACAUUAUUAGUUAAUAACCCAAUUAUGUUUCAA